AUGAAGUAGGAAAAAACAAAAAAUAAAUAAAAAGAUUAUAGAGAAGAAAUAUUACCAAUAAAUUAGAUUAUAUAAAAAUGUAAAUAAACAUUAGGUAUUUAUUGUAUCCAUAAAAGAGAUUACUUAAUUUGAAUAGUAAGAAUUAAAAAAAAUGUUUUCUAUUGUUUCUGAUAAAAUGCAUUAGGUUAAUUAAAAAAUAUAAACUUUUGAAAGAGAAGAAAGGCUUUUAAGAAGAGACAAUGAUGAAUGGGAAUUUUAUUUAAAAGAAAAGACUUCUCUUUUAAAAUAGCUAUAAUAAUUAAUUGAUUUAAUUAGUGGCAAAGAUCAUUCUUUUGAAAUUGAUAUAUCUACUAACCCAGCAUAUAAAGAAAUUUAGACUUUUACAAUUAAUAAAAAAUAAUAAGGAGAAGAUCUAUUAAAAGCUAUAUAAAAUGAUGAAACUUCAAUUAUUAAGCUUUAAGCACAAUUAUUAGAAAUUGAAGAAGAAACAAAAAUUCUUAGAUAAUCAGGCGCUUUUUGGAAUUGUGUACGCUGUAAUCUGACAUUAAAAGAAGGCACAAAUGAAGAAGUAUUUUUAUUUUAAAUUAGACUUGUAUAUUUCAUCCUGGAAAACUCAAGUAUUUUUCUUGUAGAACUUGUGGAGGGGAUGAAUACUUUACAUGCUGUAAUUAAUGUAGAGAUUGCAAUCCAGGUUGCAAAAAAGGCUUACAUAAACCUUGA